AUGAGCAACUCCCUUGCUGCACAGGGUGGAAUCUCGGAUCCUGCCCUGAUCACACUCGUCAACAAACUUCAGGAUGUUUUCGCCACUGUUGGUGUUAACAAUCCUAUCGACUUGCCUCAAAUCGCCGUCGUAGGAAGUCAGUCCAGCGGAAAGAGUUCAGUUUUGGAGAAUAUCGUUGGCCGAGACUUCUUGCCCCGAGGCUCCGGUAUCGUAACUCGACGUCCCCUCGUCCUUCAGCUCAUCAACCGUCCCGCGGAAAGCAAUGGUGUCAAGGAAGAGGAAGUUGAUACCAGUAACGACAAGCAGGCCAACGCCGAUGAGUGGGGAGAGUUCUUGCACGCCCCUGGGCAGAAGUUCUACGAUUUCUCCAAGAUCCGAGACGAAAUUUCGCGAGAAACAGAAGCCAAGGUUGGACGAAAUGCUGGCAUCUCACCAGCUCCAAUCAACCUUCGUAUCUACUCCCCCAAUGUCCUCACCCUGACCCUGGUCGAUUUACCUGGUCUCACCAAGGUCCCCGUCGGAGACCAGCCCCGCGAUAUUGAGCGACAGAUUCGAGAGAUGGUUCUCAAGCACAUUGGCAAGUCGAACGCUAUUAUUCUUGCGGUCACUGCUGCCAAUCAGGAUUUGGCCAACUCGGACGGUCUCAAGCUGGCGCGCGAGGUUGACCCCGAGGGUCAAAGGACCAUCGGUGUCCUGACCAAGGUCGAUCUGAUGGACGAGGGAACCGACGUUAUCGAUAUCUUGUCAAACCGAGUCAUCCCCCUUCGAUUAGGCUACGUCCCCGUUGUCAACCGAGGUCAGCGAGAUAUUGACAACCGAAAAGCCAUCAACCAGGCGCUCGAGGCUGAGAAGAACUUUUUCGAGAACCACAAGGCUUACCGUAACAAGAGCUCAUACUGCGGAACUCCCUAUCUUGCCCGAAAGCUCAACCUCAUUCUUAUGAUGCACAUCAAGCAGACCUUGCCGGAUAUCAAGGCCCGCAUCAGCAGCUCUCUUCAAAAGUACUCCGCUGAACUCGAAAGCCUGGGUCCCUCUAUGCUUGGCAACAGCGCUAAUAUUGUUCUCAACAUAAUUACUGAGUUCACCAAUGAGUGGCGAACAGUUUUGGACGGUAACAACACCGAGCUGUCAAGCACUGAACUUUCCGGCGGUGCCCGUAUUAGCUUUGUUUUCCAUGAGCUUUACUCCAAUGGUGUCAAGGCAAUUGAUCCCUUCGACGUUGUGAAGGAUGUCGACAUCCGUACAAUUCUUUACAACUCUUCUGGUUCUUCUCCGGCUCUCUUUGUGGGCACCACUGCCUUUGAGCUGAUCGUGAAGCAGCAGAUCAAGCGCUUGGAAGAUCCCAGCUUGAAAUGUGUUUCUCUUGUCUACGAUGAGCUGGUGCGAAUACUCUCACAACUGCUCGGUAAGCAGCUUUACCGACGAUACCCCUCAUUGAAGGAGAAGAUGCACGGUGUGGUCAUUGCCUUCUUCAAGAAAGCUAUGGAGCCUACCAACAAGCUUGUUAGAGAUUUGGUGGCUAUGGAAUCGUGUUAUGUCAACACGGGCCAUCCUGAUUUCUUGAAUGGUCACCGAGCGAUGGCAAUGGUGAACGAGCGGUACAACCCUAGCAAGCCUGUUCAGGUUGAUCCCAAGAGUGGCAAGCCACUUGCCUCGACCCCCCGAGCUGCAAGCCCGACUGUUCCAGACGCAGAGAGUGCUGGCAACUCAGGUUUCUUUGGUAGCUUCUUCGCAGCCAAGAACAAGAAAAAGGCCGCUGCCAUGGAAGCCCCUCCUCCAACCCUGAAGGCCUCUGGUACUUUGUCAGAGCGCGAGAACAUUGAGGUUGAAGUUAUUAAGCUACUCAUCUCUUCCUACUACAACAUUGUUAAGCGUACCAUGAUUGAUAUGGUCCCCAAGGCUGUCAUGCUGAACCUUGUACAGUUUACCAAGGACGAGAUGCAGCGAGAGCUGUUGGAGAACAUGUACAGAACUGAUACAUUAGACGAUCUCCUGAAGGAGAGUGAUUUCACCAUCCGUCGGAGAAAGGAGUGUCAGCAGAUGGUUGAGUCUCUCUCGAAAGCUAGUGAGAUUGUCAGCCAAGUGCAGUGA